AUGACCCCGCUAGACAGGAGUCUUUCCGUGCUUCCGGGUUCAUUUUGCAAUUGUGAUUCUCCAAACUCUGCGGCGUUCUCAAAGUUGGGACAGUGUGGCUUGUUCUUCGCGCUUAACAUGGAGUUUUUAAGUCGAGACUCCUUUACAUUAUAUGAUAAUAUGAUUAGCUCUACCCAAUAUAUUUUUCUAGAUGACAGAUCAAAACUCCACAAAUGUAAAGAGUGUGGGAAGGCCUUUGAUAGGAACUCAGUCCUUAUUCAACAUCAAAGAAUUCAUACUGGAGAGAGAUCCUAUAAAUGUGAAGAAUGUGGCAAAUCUUUUAAUUAUUCUUCCAGCCUUAAACAGCACCAAAGAAUUCAUACUGGAGAGAAACCUUACAAAUGUGAAGUAUGUGGCAAAGCUUUUAACUGUUCUUCAUAUCUGGGAAAGCAUCAAAGAAUCCAUACUGGAGAGAAACGCUACAGAUGUGAAGAAUGUGGUAAACCUUUUACUAAUUGUUCAGGACUGAUUGUUCACAGAAGAGUUCAUACUGGAGAGAAACCCUACAAAUGUGAAGAAUGUGGCAAGGCCUUUAGUGUUCGCACAACACUUUCUAACCAUCAGACAAUUCACACUGGAGAGAAACCUUACAAAUGUGAUGAAUGUGGCAUGGCCUUUAAUGUUCGCUUCCUUCUUUCUAAGCACCAGCAAACUCAUACUGGGGAGAAACCCUACAAAUGUAAAGAAUGUGGCAAAGCUUUUAACUGUUCUUCCAGCCUUCACCAACACCAACAAAUUCAUAGGGGAGAGAAACUCUAUAAGUGUGAUGACUGCGGGCAGGCCUUUAGCUGUUCAUCAUAUCUGUAUAAGCAUCGUCGAAUCCAUACUGGCAUGAAACCCAGCAAAUGCAAGGAAUGUGGCAAGACCUUUUACUGUUCUGUAAACCUUAUUUACCACCAGAGAAUUCAUACUGGAGAGAAACCAUAUAAAUGUAAUGAGUGUGGUAAAGCCUUUAGCAUUUACUCAAGAUUUAUGAAACACCAGAGAAUACAUAGUGGAGAAAAACCCUAUAAAUGCAAAGAAUGUGAGAAAGCCUUUAAUAAUUGUUAUAAUCUAACUCAACACCAAAGAAUUCAUACUGGAGAGAAACCAUACAAAUGUAAAGACUGUGGCAAAGCCUUUCAUUAUACUUCAAGCCUUGCUCAACAUGAAAGAAUUCACACUGGAGAGAAACCUUACAAAUGUGAAGAAUGUGGCAAGGCCUUUAAUUCUUCAUCAAAUCUUAAAAAUCAUUGGAGACUCCAUACUGGCGAGAAGCCCUACAAAUGUGAACAAUGUGGGAAAGCCUUUAAAGACUGUUCUAGCUUUACUCGACACUAUAGAAUUCAUACUAGAGAAAAUCCAGAUUAGCGCAACCACUGUCACAAAGCUUUCCUUAACCAUUUACUGACAAUUCAACACUAAAGAAUUCAUAUGCGAAGGAAGGGAACAAGGGAAGACCGUUAGCUUAACCCUUAUUUACCCUCCUCCAUUACAGCAUUAGAGAUCUUAUAAUGUAAGGAAGAUGGCCAUGAUGAGCAAUCUAUACUCAAACUGUAUACGUGCACAGUGCCUGGGCAAGGAACACUGUCAAAUAUAUAAAACUGAGACAAUCGAACUCUUACAGUAAGAAGCACUGUGUAUAUAGUGUUACAAGAUCACAUUUAAGAGAUAUAAGAGACAAAUUCCAGGAGGUAUAUAGAAUUUAGCAAAACAACAAAUACUGCUUUUAAUUGGCAGGAAAAUGUUUGGUGCGAUAUAAAAACUCAUUAUAUACUUUGGGAUCAUGCCGAUAAGUCUGUGAGGACAUCAAUAUGUUAUAAAUCCAAAUUAUAAGCUCAGUUUUGUUAAGUGGUAAGAUCACAACAUCUAGUGAUUUUAUUAGAAGAACAAGACUGAGUCCUGAAGUUUCCAAGUCUGUUUUUUUUUCCCCAAAGACUAUAGAUACAUUAUUAGAAUAUGAAGUUUAGUAACUUUUACAAAUAAAAAG